UAGACUCUAAUCAACAUGUGGAUUCUCGUCGCAGCUGCUGUGGUCGUCGCCUCCACAGCCCUAGGAAAGGAAGACAUCUGCGAGAAGAGGAGUUGGGAAAUGUGUCACUCAGGUAUACCUUUUGACUUUCCAAACAACGAGCAAGAAUUGGACGAGGCAUGUCCUUUUUUAUUGGACGAGGGUAAGUGCAUGCAGGAACAUGCUAUGAAAUGCGAAAGUCCUGAGCUUGGAGCGAUAACUGCACAAACUGAACUUAUGCAAGAUAUUUGUCGCAAAGGCUCCAGCCUUAAUGAAGCUAUUGGGCCCAAUAUAGGAUGCAUCAAAGAAAACGUAAUCAAAGAAUGUUCCGAAAACGUCAGGAGAGUGCAUGAAGCUUACAAAGAUUACCUCAACCCUAAAGAUGAAGAAAUGUCUGAGGAGAUCUGGAAUAAAAUAGCUUGCAUGAGCUUUGCGUAUGAUAUUGCUUGCGCCGCUAAUGCUGUUUCAGUACCCUGUGGCAGAAAAGUGAAGGAUGCCGUUCUAGAAGUUGAACGUCGUGUUGACUGGAUGGAAAAAAGGACUGGCUGUCCAAGAAGCUUACGAGAAGAAAUUGCUAAAGAUAUCCCAGCUAUGGAAGUCAGCCUUGCAGAAAAGGUGUUGCUGGAAGAAUUACUCUUGGACAUCUGAAAGAGCAAACGGAUGAGACACGCAUGCAAGAAGAACCUCAUUCUGAGUACAUUGAUUAAUGUUUGGUUAACUAUGAGUACAGAAUUAAAUGAAAUAAAUAUAUUUUG